GACUUGUGACGGCAUUAGCCCUUUUCUCUAUAUUUGUAUUUGUAUUGUCCACCGUUCAGACAUGCCACCUAUCCCAACAACGCUAGAUGCUGAAGCUCUCUCUCUAAUCGAAUCCAUAGAACGACACCAUAAUGACCUUUCAACUUUUCAGAUUCCUCGUUUGAGAGAUUGCGCAGGUCCUUUGACCACGCAACAAGCAUGGGCUGCGGGGGUAAGGGAGGACAUUGAAGGUCUGGCGAGGCAAAUCGAGGAGCUGGAUGUCCUAGUUGAUGAUCAAAGGACUGAACGGGCUAGGAGAGAACUGAGGAGAAGAGCUGAAGUUUUUCGUGAUUCAUUAGUCAUUCUACGCAAAGACUCUCGAGCGGCAUUGCUAGCGUCGAAACAUGCAAUUGACUCCCAAAGUCGGUCACAGCGGGAGGAGUUGUUGAGGUCCCCUGCCAUUCGAGAGAAAAGUACAAGCUCUUCGGGCGAGAAAGUCAUCGAAGACGCACUCAUGAAAGCCAACCAUGAUGUCACAGAAGCACUACAAAGAACACUUGGACUCAUGCAGAAAGAGCUCGAGCGCAGUGUCUUGUCGACUCAACUAUUAGGCAAGUUCGUCACGGUACCAUUUUUCUUUAAUACUUACCGUCUGUUUCACGCAGAAUCAUCUACUGCAACUCUCCAAUCCGCAUCCACAACGCAUGACAAGCUCGAUCUCAUCCUCGGCACCUCUAAACAGCUUAUUACUGCACUCGAAAAGACAGACUGGCUCGACCGCAUCCUUAUUAUUUCCGGCCUCGUGUUUUUCAGCCUCGUGGUCCUCUUCAUCCUGAAGCAGCGCAUCAUCGACCGCGGGUUACGUAUCGCCUUUUUCUGGACGAGAUUGUUGCCAAGCUCAGGCUCGAGUACGCGCUCGGUGGUACAGAAGGCUGGGGAGGUUGUGGCUACUGCAUCGGCCGCCACUGCUGCUGCGUCAUCUGUGCUGGCGUCGUCGAUAGGUGGACAGGAUGGCGGAGCUGGGCAGUUGAUAGAACCCAGCAUGGACGUGUUUGAAUCCCCUAGUUUCACAAUAUCGGCUACGGAGCCAUGGACUACCGGACUGCAUAGUGGCUCAGGAGACGCACAUGUUGAAUUAUGA